AAAAAUAGUAUUCUCACAGAGCUAGACUAAUUAUGUUUUGGACUAUUUUACUUAGCGGAAGCGUAGCGUUUUGGUUCAGUAGUGUUGUUUGGGUGCUAUUGAACGAGAGCAGCCAGUGAAUUCAGGGGAUAUCAACGCAAGCCGGCGAGACCCCUAUCAUUGCACAUCAUAUUUUACUUUUGGGGGCGAUUUGGGGACUUGUAAUACAAUACAACAGUCAUUCCUCCUCGUGUCCCCUUCCCCUUUCCUUUUCUCCGGACAUUUGAAACAUAGAAAGCCUCAAGAAUGGCUCAGAUACUGCCGAUACGAUUUCAGGAACAUCUGCAGCUGCAGAACCUGGGGGUGAACCUGGCUAACAUUGGUUUCAGCUACCUGACCAUGGAGUCUGACAAGUUCAUCUGCAUCCGGGAGAAGGUGGGCGAGCAGAACCAGGUGGUGAUCAUAGACAUGGCCGACCCCAAUAAUCCCAGCAGACGUCCCAUCUCCGCUGACAGUGCUAUCAUGAACCCUGCCAGCAAGGUCAUCGCCCUCAAAGAGGACGCUGCUAAGUGCCUGCAGAUCUUCAACAUUGAGAUGAAGAGUAAGAUGAAGGCCCACACCAUGACUGAGGAAGUCAUGUUCUGGAAGUGGAUCUCUGUCAACACUGUCGCCUUGGUGACUGAAGUGGCUGUCUACCAUUGGAGCAUGGAGGGGGACUCGCAGCCAAUCAAAGUGUUUGAUCGUCACGCUAGUCUGGCCGGAUGCCAGAUCAUAAACUACAGAGCAGACGAACAGCAGAAGUGGCUCCUCCUUAUAGGGAUCUCAGCACAGCAAAACCGUGUGGUGGGGGCCAUGCAGCUGUACUCUGUGGACAGGAAGGUGUCCCAGCCCAUCGAGGGCCACGCUGCAGCCUUCGGAGAGUUUAAGGUGGAGGGCAACACCAAAGCCUCCACUCUCUUCUGCUUCGCUGUGCGCAGCCAGGCUGGGGGCAAGCUGCACAUCAUAGAGGUGGGACAGCCGGCUACAGGGAACCAGCCAUUUACUAAGAAGGCGGUUGACGUGUUCUUCCCUCCUGAGGCUCAGACAGACUUCCCUGUCGCCAUGCAGAUUGGCACCAAGCACGGUGUGAUCUACUUGAUCACUAAGUAUGGCUACAUCCACCUGUAUGACCUGGAGUCAGGAGUGUGUAUCUACAUGAACCGCAUCAGCGCAGAGACCAUCUUCGUCACCGCCCCCCACGAACUCACCUCCGGCAUCAUCGGGGUUAACAAGAAGGGACAGGUGUUGUCAGUGUGUGUGGAGGAGGAGAACAUAGUGAACUAUGCCACCAAUGUGCUACAGAACCCAGACCUGGGCCUGAGGAUGGCCGUGCGUUCUAACCUGGCCGGGGCUGAGGAGCUGUUUGCCAGGAAGUUCAACACACUGUUCGCCCAGGGCUCCUACUCCGAGGCUGCCAAGGUGGCCGCAUCCUCACCCAAGGGUAUCCUGCGGACAGCGGAGACCAUCCGUAAGUUCCAGAGUGUGACAGCCCAGCCGGGCCAGGCUUCUCCCCUGCUGCAGUACUUUGGCAUCCUGCUGGACCAGGGCCAGCUCAACAAGUUUGAGUCUCUGGAGCUGUGCAGGCCCGUGCUACAGCAGGGACGCAAGCAGCUGCUGGAGAAGUGGCUGAAAGAGGACAAGCUGGAGUGUUCUGAGGAGCUUGGUGACCUGGUUAAGGCAGUAGAUCCUACUCUAGCCCUCAGUGUCUACCUCAGGGCCAACGUACCCAGCAAGGUGAUCCAGUGCUUUGCUGAGACCGGACAGUUCCAGAAGAUAGUGCUCUACGCCAAGAAGGUGGGCUACUCUCCAGACUGGGUGUUUCUGUUGAGGAAUGUGAUGCGGGUCAGUCCAGACCAGGGUCUACAGUUCUCUCAAAUGCUGGUCGCAGAUGAGGAGCCCCUGGCCAACAUCAACCAGAUAGUGGAUGUGUUCAUGGAGGGAAGUCUGAUUCAGCAGUGUACCUCCUUCCUAUUGGACGCUCUGAAGAACAACCAGCCAGCCGAGGGACACCUACAGACACGCCUACUGGAGAUGAACCUCAUCCAUGCCCCCCAGGUUGCCGAUGCAAUCCUUGGCAACCAGAUGUUUAGUCACUAUGACCGUGCCCACAUCGCCCAGCUGUGUGAGAAGGCUGGGCUACUACAGAGGGCUCUAGAACACUACACUGACCUGUUCGACAUCAAACGGGCUGUCGUACACACUCACCUGCUCAACCCUGAGUGGCUGGUGAACUUCUUUGGCGCCCUGUCAGUAGAGGACUCAGUAGAGUGUCUUCGGGCCAUGUUGUCAGCCAACAUCAGACAGAACCUUCAGCUGUGUGUCCAGGUGGCAUCUAAAUACCACGAGCAGCUGGGAACAAACGCCCUGGUGGAGCUCUUUGAGUCCUUCAAGAGCUACGAGGGUCUGUUCUACUUCCUGGGCUCCAUAGUGAACUUCAGCCAGGACCCUGACGUCCAUUUUAAAUACAUCCAGGCGGCCUGUAAGACAGGGCAGAUCAAGGAAGUGGAGCGCAUAUGUAGAGAGAGCAACUGUUACGACCCGGACAGGGUCAAGAACUUCCUCAAGGAGGCUAAAUUGACAGACCAGCUGCCUUUGAUCAUUGUGUGUGACCGCUUUGACUUUGUCCAUGACCUGGUGCUCUAUCUCUACCGCAACACUCUGCAGAAGUACAUAGAGAUCUACGUUCAGAAGGUGAACCCCAGCCGUCUGCCUGUGGUGAUAGGAGGUCUGUUGGAUGUAGACUGUGCUGAAGACAUCAUUAAGAACCUGAUCAUGGUGGUGAGAGGACAGUUCUCCACUGAUGAGCUGGUGGCAGAGGUGGAGAAGAGGAACAGAUUGAAACUGUUGUUGCCGUGGCUUGAGUCUCGUAUCCACGAGGGCUGUGAGGAGCCAGCUACCCAUAAUGCCUUGGCUAAGAUCUACAUUGACAGUAACAACACCCCGGAGCGCUUCUUGAAGGAGAACACCUUCUACGACAGCGCUGUAGUGGGGAGGUAUUGUGAGAAGAGAGAUCCCCACCUCGCCUGUGUCGCCUAUGAGAGGGGCCAGUGUGACAUGGACCUUAUCAAGGUGUGCAAUGAGAACUCCCUGUUCAAGAGUGAGGCUCGCUACCUGGUCCGACGGAAAGACCCAGAACUAUGGGCCAACGUUCUAGAGGAGAACAACCCUUAUAGACGCCAACUCAUAGACCAGGUGGUGCAGACAGCUCUGUCAGAGACCCAGGACCCAGAGGAGGUGUCUGUGACGGUCAAGGCCUUUAUGACAGCUGACCUGCCCAAUGAGCUCAUCGAACUACUGGAGAAGAUCGUACUGGACAACUCAAUCUUCAGCGAGCAUCGAAACCUCCAGAACCUGCUGAUCCUGACGGCCAUCAAGGCAGACCGGACGCGUGUGAUGGAGUACAUCAACCGCCUGGACAACUACGACGCCCCAGACAUUGCUAACAUCGCCAUCAGUAACGAGCUCUUCGAGGAGGCCUUCGCCAUCUUCAAGAAGUUUGACGUCAACACCUCCGCCAUUCAGGUCCUGAUCGAGCAUAUCAGUAACCUGGACAGAGCCUAUGAGUUUGCAGAGCAUUGCAAUGAGGCUGCAGUAUGGAGUCAGCUGGCCAGAGCCCAGCUCCAGAGAGACCUUGUUAAAGAGGCCAUUGACUCCUACAUCAAAGCUGAUGACCCGUCAGCCUACAUGGAGGUGGUCAGCGCUGCCAGCAAGAACAAUAACUGGGAGGACCUGGUGAAGUUCCUUCAGUUGGCUCGUAAGAAGGCCAGAGAGUCGUAUGUAGAGACAGAGCUCAUCUUUGCUCUGGCUAAAACUGGUAGACUGGCCGAAUUAGAGGAAUUUGUCAGCGGCCCUAACAACGCCCAUAUACAACAGGUGGGAGAUAGGUGUUAUGAAGAAGGGAUGUACGAUGCUGCCAAGCUGCUGUAUAAUAACGUGUCCAACUUUGCCCGCCUGGCAUCCACGCUGGUACACCUAGGAGAGUACCAAGCUGCUGUGGACAGCGCCAGGAAAGCCAACAGCACACGCACCUGGAAGGAGGUGUGUUGUGCGUGUGUGGAUGGGGAAGAGUUUCGAUUGGCUCAGAUCUGUGGUCUACACAUUGUCAUCCACGCUGAUGAACUGGAGGAGCUCAUCAGUUACUAUCAGGACCGGGGCUACUAUGAGGAGCUGAUAGCCCUGUUGGAGGCCGCGUUGGGUUUGGAGCGCGCUCACAUGGGCAUGUUCACAGAGCUGGCCAUCCUCUACUCCAAAUUUAAACCCCAGAAGAUGAGAGAACACCUUGAACUCUUCUGGUCCCGCGUUAACAUCCCUAAGGUGCUGCGAGCGGCAGAGCAGUCCCACCUGUGGGCGGAGUUAGUGUUUCUGUAUGAUAAAUACGAGGAAUAUGACAACGCUGUCCUCACGAUGAUGUCACAUCCUACUGAGGCAUGGAAGGAGGUGCAGUUCCAGGACAUCAUUGCCAAGGUGGCCAAUGUGGAGCUGUACUACAAAUCCCUUUCCUUUUACCUGGACUACAAACCUCUGCUGACGAACAGCCUUCUGACCAUACUGUCACCACGGUUAGACCACAGCCGCACGGUCACCUACUUCACCAAGGUGAACCAGUUGAAGUUGGUAAAGCCUUACCUGAGGUCAGUCCAGAGUCAUAACAACAAGGGAGUCAACGAGGCCCUCAAUAACCUACUGACAGAGGAGGAGGAUUACCAGGGUCUGAGGGCGUCUAUCGAUGCAUAUGAUAACUUUGACACCAUUGGUCUGGCCCAGAGACUGGAGAAGCAUGAACUGAUUGAGUUCAGACGCAUCGCAGCAUACCUCUACAAAGGUAACAACCGCUGGAGACAGAGCGUGGAACUCUGCAAGAAGGACAAAUUAUACAAGGAUGCAAUGCUGUACGCUGCUGAGUCUAACGAUGCUGAGCUGGCUGAGACCCUGCUGCAGUGGUUUUUGGAGGAGGGAAGGAAGGAGUGUUUCGCUGCCUGUCUGUUUGCCUCCUACGACCUGUUGCACCCUGAUGUGGUGCUGGAGCUGGCCUGGAGACACAACAUCAUGGACUUUGCCAUGCCAUACUUCAUCCAAGUCAUGAGGGAGUACCUCACCAAGGUUGAUGAGGUUGCGGAGAAGGUGACGGUGGACAAACUGGAGGAGUCAGAAAGCCAAAGGAAGACAGAGGAAGAAGUUACAGAACCCACUCCCAUAGUUUUCGGUCAGCAGCUGAUGUUGACGGCAGGCUCUGCUCCAGUGGCUCCCCAGCCAGGAUACCCAGGAGGCUACGGAUACGCUGCCCCAGGCUACUCCCCCCAGCCCCCCUACAGCUACAACAUGUAGACCACCUCUACCCCACCCAGCCCCCCUACGGCUACAACAUGUAGACCACCUCUACCCCACCCAGCCCCCUACAGCUACAACAUGUAGACCACCUCUACUCCACCCAGCCCCCUAGGGCUACAACAUGUAGACCACCUCUACCCCACCCAGCCCCCCUACAGCUACAACAUGUAGACCACCUCUACCCCACCCAGCCCCCUACGGCUACAACAUGUAGACCACCUCUACCCCACCCAGCCCCCUACGGCUACAACAUGUAGACCACCUCUACCCCACCCAGCCCUCUAGGGCUACAACAUGUAGACCACCUCUACCCCACCCAGCCCUCUAGGGCUACAACAUGUAGACCACCUCUACCCCACCCAGCCCCCCUACGGCUACAACAUGUAGACCACCUCUACUCCACCCAGCCCCCUAGGGCUACAACAUGUAGACCACCUCUACCCCACCCAGCCCCCCCUACGGCUACAACAUGUAGACCACCUCUACCCCACCCAGCCCCCUACGGCUACAACAUGUAGACCACCUCUACCCCACCCAGCCCCCCUACGGCUACAACAUGUAGACCACCUCUACCCCACCCAGCCCCCCUACGGCUACAACAUGUAGACCACCUCUACCCCACCCAGCCCUCUAGGGCUACAACAUGUAGACCACCUCUACCCCACCCAGCCCUCUAGGGCUACAACAUGUAGACCACCUCUACCCCACCCAGCCCCCUACGGCUACAACAUGUAGACCACCUCUACCCCACCCAGCCCCCUAGGGCUACAACAUGUAGACCACCUCUACCCCACCCAGCCCCCCUACGGCUACAACAUGUAGACCACCUCUACCCCACCCAGCCCCCUACGGCUACAACAUGUAGACCACCUCUACCCCACCCAGCCCUCUAGGGCUACAACAUGUAGACCACCUCUACCCCACCCAGCCCCCCUACGGCUACAACAUGUAGACCACCUCUACCCCACCCAGCCCCCUAGGGCUACAACAUGUAGACCACCUCUACCCCACCCAGCCCCCCUACGGCUACAACAUGUAGACCACCUCUACCCCACCCAGCCCUCUAGGGCUACAACAUGUAGACCACCUCUACCCCACCCAGCCCUCUAGGGCUACAACAUGUAGACCACCUCUACCCCACCCAGCCCCCCUACGGCUACAACAUGUAGACCACCUCUACUCCACCCAGCCCCCUACGGCUACAACAUGUAGACCACCUCUACCACACCCAGCCCCCUAGGGCUACAACAUGUAGACCACCUCUACCCCACCCAGCCCUCUAGGGCUACAACAUGUAGACCACCUCUACCCCACCCAGCCCCCCUACGGCUACAACAUGUAGACCACCUCUACCACACCCAGCCCCCUAGGGCUACAACAUGUAGACCACCUCUACCCCACCCAGCCCCCUAGGGCUACAACAUGUAGACCACCUCUACCCCACCCAGCCCCCUAGGGCUAAACUAAGUCUUCGUUCCUAAUGGUACCCUAUUCCCUGUAUAGUCAACUACUUUUGACCAGGGCCCAUAUGGCUCUGGCCUAAAGUAGUGCAGUAUAUAUAGGCCAUAGGGUGUCGUUUGGGACGCAGAUCAUGUAGACCUUAAGGUCCCGGUAAUUCUACCUGGAGCUCCUAACACACCUCCCUCGGCCAACCUCAGGCCCCAACCUGAACCACACUUACCCUGCACUGGGAUACACAUACACAUAGAGCUUGAUUAUGGAUUCUAUAUGUAUUCCCUGCCUUGAAACCCCUGAUACACCUAAUCUCACUACUCUGAGACACACCUAGCCCACCUAUGGACACUCCUAACCCCCACACCCAAAUCUCUCAACCAAAAAGACCUCCACUUUGCUCCCACCUCCUCUCGCUCCCACCUCCUCUUGAUCCCCCAUCCCUCUCCAAUGGACUAGGGUUCUUCAAUUCUGGUCCUGGAGGGCCGAAACACCUCUGUUUUUCAU